GUGGCGCGGGCGGGCGACCCACGUUGCGGACAGAACCCUAGAAAGGAGAGUGGUGACGCGAAGCUGGGGGCGGGAGCGUGGAGCUUCUGAAGUGGAGGGCAGAGCUGGGAGCCAGUGAAGAAGCCGGGCCGGAGCGCGUGACCUCCAGCCGUGUGGAGGGUCCCUGGGAGCGCUGGGGGCUCGGAGCGCCGGGAGAGUUGGGGUUCAGACGGGAUGCAGAGAGCGGUAGAGAUGAGGUUGGCGGGGAGAGUCCGUAGAGGGGUAGUAGACGUGAAGAGAUGAUACAGAGAAGCCGUUUACAUUGAGGGGCCGUAGAAGGAUCUAGAAGUGAGCCUGGUGGAGAGAAAUCGUGAAGGACCUAGAGAUAGGAGAAUCCUCAGAGAGGGGCGUAGACGCGAAAGGGCAGUGUGGGUGUGUAGGGAUGAAGUAGCAAUACACAGGCAACCGAGGGGAGUAAGAACUGUGUUCGUAAAGAAGUUUGAGGAGGGAUAAAGAGAAAAGCCGGCAGUAGUGACUUCUGCGAGUGCCUUGUAGAAGGUUUCCUAGGGUCUGGUCUAGUGAAGCCACCGAACCAGACACCAAAAGUUUUUGCAGUAGUGGCGUCCCACUCCAUUAGGAAUGUGGCUUCUUCUACGACGUGCAUAUCCCCUCCGGAUCUUGCUGCCACUGCGCGGUGAGUGGGUGGGUAGGAGGGGCCUGCCCCGAAGCUUGGCUCCAGGCCCUCCCCGCAGAAGGUACCGAAAAGAAGCGCUCCCAGCCUUAGAGAUACCAGUGUCGCCAGUGACUACGACCGAAAUCCGCCAGUAUUUACGUGCACAUGGGAUCCCCUUCCAGGAUGGCCACAGCUGCCUACGAGCACCAAGUCCCUUUGUGGUGGCCUCAGACAUCAAAAAUCAGAAAAAGGAUGCUCCCACUUCCUUCUGCCUCUUCAUCGACAAGACCACAGGACACUUUCUUUGCAUGACCAGCCUAGCAGAAGGGAGCUGGGAAGACUUGCAGGCCAGUGUGGAGGGACGAGGGGAUGGGGCCAAAGAGGGAGUCCUACUUAGGGAGGGCCCAGAAGCCGAGGACAGGGAGGAGGUCUUGAGGAUCUGGAACCGAGCUAUACCUCUUUGGGAGCUUCCGGACCCUGAGGAAGCCCAGCUAGCUCGUGUGAUGUUUGGCCUUACCAAGGUGACGGAUGACACACUCAGGAGAUUCAGUGUCCGCUAUCUUCGGUCUGCUCGAAGUCUGGUCUUCCCUUGGUUCACCCCUGGGAGCUCAGGAUUACGUGGCCUGAAGCUACUAGGGGCUGAGGGUCAGGAAAAUGGAGUACAGUACGUAGAAACCACCAUCCCCCGGCCUGGUGUUUAUCACAACCUAUUUGGAUUACCACUGAUCAGCCGUAGAGAUACUGAGGUGGUCGUGACAAGUCGUGAGCUGGACAGCCUGGCCUUGAGUCAGUCGACGGGGCUGCCAACCCUUUCCCUACCCCGAGGAACCGUCUGCUUACCCCCAGCCUUACUGCCUUACCUUGAGCAGUUCCGUCGGAUUGUGUUCUGGCUAGGAGAUGACCUUCGAUCCUGGGAAGCUGCCAAACUGUUUGCCCGAAAACUCAACCCCAAGCGAUGCUCUCUGGUGAGGCCUGGGAACCAACAGCCUCGUCCCCUGGAGGCCUUAAACCGAGGCUUAAGUCUUCCCCGUAUUCUUCGUACUGCCCUCCCUGCCUGGCACAAGUCUAUCGUGUCUUUUAGGCAGCUCCGAGAGGAGGUUUUAGGAGAACUGUCAAAUGUGGAGCAAGCGGCUGGUGUCCGUUGGAGCCGCUUCCCAGACCUGAAUCGUCUGCUGAAGGGGCAUCGGAAGGGCGAGUUGACUGUCUUUACAGGGCCAACAGGCAGUGGCAAGACAACAUUCAUCAGCGAGUAUGCCCUGGACUUGUGUACCCAGGGAGUGAACACACUGUGGGGUAGCUUUGAGAUCAGCAAUGUGAGACUAGCCCGGGUCAUGCUGACUCAGUUUGCUGUGACACGGCUGGAAGAGCAACUGGACAAGUAUGAGGAGUGGGCAGACCGUUUUGAGGACCUGCCUCUCUACUUCAUGACUUUCCACGGACAGCAGAGCAUCAGGUCUGUCAUAGACACAAUGCAACAUGCUGUCUACGUCUAUGACGUCUGUCAUGUAGUCAUCGACAACUUGCAGUUCAUGAUGGGUCAUGAGCAGCUCUCCGCUGACAGGAUUGCAGCUCAAGACUACAUUGUUGGAGCCUUUCGGAAGUUUGCUACAGACAACAGCUGCCACGUGACUCUGGUCAUUCACCCUCGGAAAGAAGAUGACGACAAGGAACUGCAGACGGCAUCCAUUUUUGGCUCGGCCAAAGCAAGCCAAGAAGCAGACAAUGUUCUGAUCUUGCAGGAUAGGAAGCUGGUGACUGGGCCUGGGAAGCGGUAUCUGCAGGUGUCCAAGAAUCGCUUCGAUGGAGACGUAGGUGUCUUCCCACUCGAGUUCAACAAGAAUUCCCUUACAUUCUCCAUCCCACCCAAGAGCAAAGCCCGACUCAAGAAGAUCAAGGAUGACAAUGGACUAGUGGCCAAAAAAUCCUCUUCUGGCAAAAAAGGGGCUGCACACCAGAACCCUGAGUCUUGCUUAGGCCAGGACCCCAGCCCCCACCAGCCAGAUACCUCCAAGUCCUCAGGGUGAAAGCAGUGCACAGCUGCUCACUGACGUGAGCCUGGUGGAACAGGCCUUCUGCUGGGGCUCUUCCAUGUAGUCCUGAGCUACAGAACCCUUCCCAGCCCAGGGCUGGAGUCCAUAGUGGGAAUGUUUAAUUGAGCAGCUACUGGGGAUCUCCUGUAUGCUGGUUUGUGUUUGUUUUUUCCCCAUAGGUUUUCUGUAUAGCACUGAAAAGACAAGGUCUGUUUCCAAAGAACCAGUGUUUCCGUGAAAGGAACAAAGCAAAGGGAGGGAUGCUAGACUGCUCAGCUCAUUGUGAUCAGUCGGUCUGAAAAGGUGUCUGAGCAGAGCGCACGGGAGACAUGGGCCUGUGAACCUCUGCAGAAAGGGAUCCAGACGGAGAAACACGCCAGAGCCUUAGGUGGGGAUGAGCAAGGCAGAUAAAGAGGCCAGGCCCCUUCACCUGCCACGAAACAGGAGGCUUGCUGAAGCUCCAGGGCCGAAGGCUGAUGCCGAGGGCACAGAGCCUCUGCUCUGAUUUGUACAGCCAGGCAGAAGAAUUGAUCUGAGGUGCUUAUCCUGUACUAUCAAGGCCUCAAAGAUGGGAGCUGCUUCCCACUGGACGGUGGAAAGAAGCUGUAAGCCUGCAGUGCCGGCCCCUGGUACCGAUUUCCCUGUAUGCUACCUCUGACGGCUGGAGCUAGGUCUGUGGAGCUAGGGCUGGAGCUAGGGCUUUCGUAGAGCCUUUAGUCCAGUCUGAAUGAAACAUUUC